AUGAGUCUCGCUCUCUGCUCUUUCUUGCUCUUGGUGUUGAUAUUCACAUUAAGAGCUGAUGAAGCUGCUACUGAUGCUGAAAACAACCAUGUUAAGGGCAUUAUCGGUGCCAUUGUGGACAACACUUCUCGUGUUGGUAAAGAACAGAUUGUAGCAAUGGAGAUGGCAGUGGAAGAUUUCAACAUCGGCAGUAAUCAAAGUCUCCUUCUGCACAUAAGAACCUCCAAAAGAGAACCUGUUCACGCAGUUCUUGCAGCAAGGGAUCUUAUCAACUCACAAGAAGUUGAAGCGAUUCUCGGACCACAGACAUGGGAAGAAACAUCAUUGGUUGCGGAGAUAGCUAGCCACGAUCAGAUUCCAGUUCUUUCUUUCGCCGACGCAACUCCGAAUUGGGCUGCAGAAAAGUGGCCUUUUCUACUUGAAGCUUCACCAAACCAGUAUGCGCAAAUGAAAGCCAUAGCUGCAAUUGUGCAGUCCUGGGAAUGGCACCAGGUUACUGUAAUUUAUGAAGACGUAGGUUCUUCGGCUACCGGAAUAAUACCUCAUCUCUCCGAUGCCUUACGAGAAGUAGGAGCACAAAUUAGCCAUGUUCUUGCUCUUCCACCUUUUAUAUUUAAUUCGUCUAGAUUGAUCACCAAAGAGCUUCAGAAGCUUAAAAGCAGCCCGUGUAGAGUGUUCGUGGUUCAUUUGCCCUUGCCAUUAGCUGAACAUCUAUUCGAAAAGGUGAAGAAGAUGAAGAUGAUGGAAAAAGACUAUAUUUGGAUAACUACAGACUCCUUUACGAGUCUUGUGCAUUCCAUCAAUGGCGCCACCAUCUCCUCAUUAAUGCAAGGAAUUAUAGGAGUUCGGAGCUACAUUCCUGAAGACAAUCCCCAGUUUCAGGAUUUCUCCAAGAGAUUUCACAAACGGUUUGGCUCAGAGUAUCCUGAAGAAAGUAACCAUGAGCCUGGUGCUUUCGCUGUGCAAGCAUAUGAUGCUGUGCAGUCAGUAGCUUCAGCAAUGAGAGAAAGCAACAAGAAGGGAAAUAACCAAACGUUAUUACAGAGUAUUUUGCUCUCUGACUUCUUCGGUUUAACCGGAAAGGUUCAAUUCAUCAACCAGAAGGUAGCUCCAGCUCGCAUAUAUCAAAUCAUUAAUCUGGUGGGAAGGAGUUACAGAGAACUAGGAUUCUGGACAAAUGGAUCAGACUUUUCUGAGACAAUCGAUAAUCUGGCCACUUAUAAUCUUUCCCUGAAAGAUUUGGGGCAAGUUGUUUGGCCCGGAGCUCCCUUGUAUACCCCAAAAGGAUGGACUGAAGCAGCAACUAGUGAAGAGCCUUUGAGAAUCGGCGUGCCUGUGGGAAGCGAAUUCAAAGAGUAUGUGAGAGUUGCAUAUGAUGAGCUGCGAAAUGUCAGUGACUUCGAUGGAUUUUCAAUUCAGCUUUUCAAAGUAACAGUAGAGCUCUUGCCAUUCCAUUUGCCAUACGAAUUUCUUCCUUUCAAUGGCUCAUACGAUGAUUUAGUAAAACAAAUUUACUUGAAGAAGUUUGAUGCAGUAGUUGGGGAUGUAGCAAUAGUGACCAAGAGAUUGAAGCAUGCGGACUUCACACAUCCAUACACAGAAUCCGGGUUGGUGAUGAUAGUCCCACUUCAGAAAUCGAGCAACAAGGCCUUGUUAUUUAUGAAGCCUUUUACGAACGCGAUGUGGAUUUUAACAGUCAUCGUCAGCAUCUACAACGGCUUUGUAGUAUGGCUGAUAGAGCGAAAUCACGGGCAUGAGCUAACCGGCUCUGCAUUUCAGCAAACGGGAACCUUUCUCUGGUUAUCCUUCAGCUCACUUUUCUCCUUACAUGGCGAAAGACUACACAGCAAUUUGUCGAGGAUGACGAUGGUGGUUUGGCUGUUUGUAGCACUAAUCAUAAGCCAGACGUACACGGCUAAUCUCACCAGCAUGCUCACUGUGCAAGGGCUAGAACCAACUCUAGAUAACAUCGAAUCAUUACAGAAUAGUAAUGCAAUCGUUGGUUACUCUAAUGCAUCUUUUGUCGCAAGUUAUUUGAUCGAUGUGUUGAAGUUUAAAGAGAGAAACCUCAGGGGUUAUACGUCCCUUCAAGAUUAUGUCAACGACCUUAAAAGCAGAGAAAUUGGAGCAAUAUUCCUUGAAGUUGCCGUGGCCAAAAUCUUCCUGGCAAGAUACUGCAAAAGCUUUACCACGGCUGGGCCUACAUACAAAGUCGGAGGCUUUGGAUUUGCAUUUCCGAAGGUAUCUCCAUUGCUUCCAAGCGUAAUAGAAGCGCUUCUGAAAGUAUCCGAAAGCGGGAAGCUGAGAGAGUUAGAGACGAGCAUGAUUACAGCAGAGAAAUGUAUAGAAGUGGAUUUGGACGAUGACAUUUCAAGUCUCAGCCCCAGCAGUUUCUGGGUACUAUUUGUGUUAACAGGAGCCACUUCAACAGUUGCUCUCGUAAUUUAUGCCGGUCACAGGCGCAACUGGGAAUUUCAUCAAAAUUUGCUGGUAAAUAGAUCAAUUAGGACGCUGAUUCUGACUGUUUUAAAGUACUGGGGGCAUUCUAAACAGCGAUUCUCUGUAAAAGUCUGCCACUCGGACAGUCUUCCAAUCUCUCAGAACUUAGCUGAAGCAGUGACUGUGACUCCAAGUAGUUUGAGCAUUGAACCGUAG